GGCUGGGGCCCGGGGGCUGGGCAGCGCCUGGGGCAGAGGCUGCUGCUUCCACCGGGUCCUGGAGCCCAGCCUCCCCGCCACCCCAGCCACCGCCCGGCUGCCGGGUGUAGGAGCCAACCUUUUGCAGGACCGGGGACAGGGCAUGGCGCAGGCGGCUGGGGCCCCCCGGCCCGGGGCCGCGCAGCCCCACGUGUUCAAGCUGGUCCUGCUGGGGAGCGGCUCCGUGGGCAAGUCCAGCCUGGCCCUCCGCUACGUGAAGGACGACUUCAGGAGCAUCCUGCCGACCGUGGGCUGCGCGUUCUUCACGAAGGUGGUGGAUCUGGGUGCUGCGUCUCUGAAGUUCGAGAUCUGGGACACGGCCGGCCAGGAGAAGUACCACAGCGUCUGCCACCUCUACUUCCGGGGCGCCAACGCCGCGCUUUUGGUGUAUGACAUCACCAGCAAGGAGUCCUUCCUCAAGGCCCAGCAGUGGCUGAGGGACCUGGAGCGGGACUUCUCCCCCGGGGAGGUCGUGGUCAUGCUGGUCGGCAACAAGACGGACCUGGGCGCGGAGCGGGAGGUGACGUUCGAGGAAGGCAAGGAGUUCGCUGAGAGCCAGCAUUUGCUGUUCAUGGAAGCCUCGGCCAAAACCAACCACCAGGUGACCGAGGUCUUCAGUGCCAUCGGCUGGGAGCUGCUGCGGAGGGCAGAGCGGGAGCAGCGCCCGGCGCCGCGGGGAGACGCCCGGCUGGCCCUGGGCCAGGGGCCCGCGGGGAGGGCCAAGUGCUGCGCCCGCUAG